AUGUUCAUGUUCACUGUGAUAAUUGCUCACUUUUUUCUCCUUGGUCUCAGGGCAGAGUGCAGGUACUUCAGUCGCUGCCUCAGUGCAUUGUUGCUGUACGGCAAUACCUCUUAUUUGAACACUUGUCUGCAAGCGUGGUUGGCCCUACGUCUGCAACUCAUUGGAGCCACCCUCCAGGCGCUUCUCCUGGCUUCUGUCACUUUGCCUCUCUACUUCUGGCCCUCCCGCUUGGAACAAGUGCGGGGAGAUAUGGCGGGACUUUUAGCUCUUAGUCUCUACGCUGUGGCGCCUCUUGUGCGGCUGCUGACGCAAAGCAUUACAACGUUUGUGCGGCUGGAGGUCCAAAUGGUCUCCGUCGAAAGAGUCAGAGACUACUUGCUGGUGCCGGCAGAGGACCCCAACUAUGACGUAAUAACGGGGCGCCCGUGGCAGCAUCCUGUGUCUGCUGAAUCUUCCGUGUGCUUGUCGUGGUGGCGCUGGCUGCGUUGUACGCGGCUGAGCAACAAAAGCUUGCUGCCAAUGCACGGCAAGGAUGAGGAGCAGCAGCCGCUGCUGACGAGGCCAUCUGCUGAAGACUGCCUUGCAUGCGCUGACAUCAGGGGGCCAGCGCACUCUGCAACUAUGGCAGUCCACAGGGCGUCCGUCUCUUCCCGGCAAACUGCAGCAGCAGCUGCUGCUAAGCUCGCCGUCUAUGAGACCCUUCUGUCCUUUGGGUCUCAGAGCCGUCAGCUGAACGACGGCAUGCGGCCUUGGGCGGCCGCGCAGAAGCAACAGACAGAGGCAGUAGCGGCUCUUUCCUUUCCAGUGGCAGUCCCGCUCGGAUUUAGAACAAGAGGAAGAGUUGACUUUGAAAACGUGACAGUGGCAUACAGCGCGGGCAGUCAACCGGCUGUGCGCGGUGUGUCCUUGACGAUUCACCCCGGGGAAGCCGUGGGCAUUGUGGGCCGUACGGGGGCAGGGAAGAGCACUUUGUUGUUGGCUCUUAGCCGCAUGGUGCCUUACACGGGGUGCAUAAAGAUCGACGGCGUGGACAUACAGCGGCUGCCCGUUCACGUGCUGCGCUCUUUGUUGGCGUUUGUCCCUCAAGUACCCACUCUUUUCUCAGGGACCAUUCGCUCGAACUUAGACCCCGCCACCACGCGCACAGAUGCGGAGCUGUACGAUGCCCUCCGCCUCUGUCGACUUGAUCAUGUUGUGAAGGCCCUUCCGCAAGGUCUAGAUACUCCAAUCGCUACUGUGGACGAGGCAUCUUCGGUAGAGUUCCGCAUUAGAAGAUCUCGCAGGAUGCAAGGAAGCACGCGCAUGCGCUUGAGUUCGCCUUCGAGCGUGGGGCUGCGGCACAGCGAAAGUGACGCGCAGUCGAAGCGGCUGGGGGCCCCUUCAGUGCCAAGCGCUAGGGACAACCAACAGCCAAGUCAUCCCUCCCCCUCCUCUCGCUUACAAGUGGACGGGUCGCCGGCGGCCCCGAGGAACGCCGCCAAGCAGGCGGGUGGAGGGGGCAGUCAGAGCAUCCGUUUGUCUAUAGGUCAGAAGCAGCUGCUGUGUUUCUGUCGCGCGCUGUUGAGAGACGCUCCUAUUUUGUGUCUCGAUGAAGCAAACAGCGCCAUGGAUAGCUCAGUGGAAGAGGAGGUUCUCGUACCUGUCAUCCGGUGGUGUCUGAGGCGUGGGAGUGUUUUGAUUGUAUCUCACCGUCUUCAGCACUUGCCUUCUCUUUGUCACCGUGUCGGUGUUGUGGGCGAAGGCCAAUUACUUGAGUUCGCCCCUCCUCGCAGUCUCCUCAGAGACAAGCACUCGCGCUUUCACGCCCUCUACGCAGCAGCCAGGGGCGCAGCAAACCCCGAGAGCAGCAGCAAUCUCAGCACACCGGAACAGCAGCAGUAA